AUGAUUCCGGGGUGCGAGAACACGAAGAUCUCUAUCUAUGCAGCGAAGCAGCCGCUAUCAGCGAAAGGCGGAAAGCAACGAACACCGCUGCAGGGAGCCAAAGGAGGAGCAGCAGAACCUGAUAUGAAGCUGAGGCUAGCUCGACGGAAUACAAAUGACGGCAUACGAAAGAUCUAUAGCUGUGGCCUUUGUGGGAAGGAUACCAGAAUCGAUCUACCUCCACCUGUGCCUUUGCCCAAGCAGAGGAGAAGAGCGGCUUUGGCAAGUCGGGUUGGAGAUCGUAAGACGGUGGCUGUUUCGGCGGCAAAGGCAGACAUUGUAUUAUCAACGACCAAGCCUCCACAGAAAACCAGUAAGAUCAUGGAACCGGCCGUGGCUUUGGUCGCUCCUUCUACAACGGUAGGAGCGAACGCGGCGUCCAAUGCAAACAGCAAGAAGCGUGCGAAAUCCCGAAAGGCGGGUCUAUUGGCCCUUCUCAACAAGAGCAGAGAAAGUGCAUCCGGCGGCGGCUUGGACAAUCUCAGCCUAAGCUUCGACGACUUCCGCAAAAAGUGA